AUCAAAGAGAUGUAAUUGGGUUUCUCUCACGAUGCAAAUUCACCCGUACAUGUAGUCUGAUCCCCUGUGAUUCAAAUCUUGGACAUCUCCAUGCCUCUCUACCGGGUCUACCCACUACAUGUAAUACACAAAACCGCGUCCUACUUAACUCGUCAGUGUCUCAGAGAAUUCUGUCCCUAUUCAAUCUACCCGAACCAGCUCAUACUAACAGGCCUCGGCCCAAUUACCUAUACUACCAACUGAAGACUGAAGUCAUGUUGUCCUUCAUCACCCCCGACGGCAUUGCGAACCCCCUCCCAGUUUGGUCCUAUCCCUUCCUCCUCUUCCUGACCUGGUACACCUUCACCGCCUUCACAACCUGGUACCGCCUGCGCCAUGUUCCAGGGCCCUUCCUCGCUUCCUUCUCCUACGCAUGGUACGUCUACCAAGCACUCACCGGCCGGAUCGGCCCCGCCUUCCAAUCACUCAACCGGUACGGCCCGCUUGUGCGCACAGCGCCAAACUAUGUCGUGACCUCUGACCCAGAGGUGCUCCGACGAAUUGGAUCCGCGCGCAGCAAGUGGGUGCGGGACGACUGGUACAAAGCCGCGCGGUUCCAUUCCGAGUAUGACAAUAUGGCGACGAUUAUCGACAAUGAUGAGCAUGAUCGUAUGAAGGCUAAGACUGCGAGCGCGUAUAGUGGGCGGGAGGAUGGGGCUGGGCUGGAGCCGGCUGUUGAUGAGCAGAUUGUGAGGUUGAAGGGGUUGAUUAGGAGGAAGUUGUUGUCUCCGGCGGCUGGGGGGAGUGAGGUGGUCAAGCCGGUUGAUGUUAGUCGGCUGAUGAGGUUCUUUACGCUGGAUGUGAUUACACGGUUGGGGUACGGGAAGCCGUUUGGGUAUCUUGAUGAGGGGACUGAUGUGUAUGGGUGGAUUGAGAUGAUUGAUAAGCGGGUGCUUAUUAUCAGCCUGCCGCUGGAAGUGCCGCUGCUCCGGCGGAUUAUGUUCUCGCCGUACGGGAUAGAGAAGUUUGGGCCCCAGAUCACCGAUAAAACCGGGGUGGGUAAAGUUAUGGGGAUCGUCAACAAGAUCGUCACUGAACGAUUUCAGUCUGGUGAGAAGCACAACGACAUGAUUGGCGGCUUCAUCCGCAACGGCAUGUCCCAGCAAGAAGUCGAAGGCGAGGCCCUACUCCAGCUCUUCGCCGGGUCCGACACGACCGCCAACGCCCUGACCGCCGCCGUCGUGUCCCUCGCCACCGCACCUCGCGCGUAUGCGCGGCUGAAGCACGAGAUCCGCGACGCCAUCAAAAGCGGCCAUGUUGACGCCCACCAGCCCAUCACGCUGGAGCAGGCACAAAAGCUGCCUUAUCUGCAGGCCGUGAUAUACGAAUCCUUCCGCAUCCGCAACCCCGUCAACCACGGGCACUACAAGCUCGUCCCACCGCCGGGCGAAACCUUCCACGGGAUUUAUUUACCACCCGGCACCGCCGUAGGGCACAACACCCUCGCUCUAACCCGCAACCGCGCCAUCUUCGGCCACGACGCCGACGUGUACCGGCCCGAGCGCUUCUUCCGCACCGAGUACAAACCGGGCAUGACGUAUGACGAGAUCGAGCUCGACACCGACCGGAUCAAGGCCCUGGACAUUGUGUUUGGGGGCGGGCGAUGGACGUGUUCGGGCAAGCAUGUGGCGAUGGUUGAGUUGAAUAAGGUUAUUUUUGAGUUGAUGCGGGACUUUGACUUCCAGUUUGUGGAUCCGCAAAAGGGGUGGGACGAGGUGCACUAUCUCGUACCAAGGUUCAAGAACCUGCGGAUGUUCAUCACCGAGGCGGAGGGGUGAGGGUCUCAUGCAACUGAGAUCUGUAGAUUGGAAAGCCAUUGUAUUGAGUGUGGUUGGAACUUGGAACAACCGGCCGCUGUGAGUCGGAAUGACACCCGAUCCUGUUUGCGCGACAAUUGGAUAUCUCUCUAGUACCCUUCGAAAAUGCUCAACAAUCGCACUGUACCUUACUUAUCUCUACCCCCAACACCGUCUUAGCCACGUUAGCCAAAUCGAAUCCCGCUACUCGGCUCC